AACAAUCCCAACAAAACAGAGACAGACAGACACAGACCCAUUUUUUAGUUGUAAAUGCAGAGCCCCGCACUCCACCACAACCAUAAAAUCAAACCCAUUUCCCAUGGCGGAAUCAGCCAGUAGUAGUGCCAAUCCCUCCCCUAUUCUUCACUUGGCUCAAGACCAUCUCCUAACCAUCUUGCUUCUCCUUCCUGUGGAUUCUAUUGUUUCCUUUGGUAUGACUUGCAAGAGAUUCAGCUCAAUCGCUACCUCUGAUGCCGUGUGGGAGUCCAUAUGUAAGAGAGACUUGGGACCCUCAUCCAUGGAUGCACUCAAGUCUUCCUUGCAUCAUCACCCUAUUCCGUGGAUGAGGUUGUACAAGGAACUCACCCUCCUCCACUCUGUAUCUUGCUGCAAACUCUCUUCUCACCCAGAUGUUAAUUCCCUUGUGCCAAGUCCCCGAGCUUCGCACUCUAUCAAUUUUGUGUCCGAUUAUUUGGUGUUGUUUGGUGGUGGAUGUGAAGGAGGGCGACAUCUUGAUGACACAUGGGUGGCGUAUUUUGGAAAUAAUUUCAGGAGGAUGCCAAGAUGGCAGAAGAUUCAUUCAGGGGUUCCAAGUGGGAGAUUUGGGCAUUCAUGCGUUGUAAUUGACAAUUAUCUUGUUCUGUUUGGAGGAAUUGAUGACCGUGGGAACCGUCACAAUGAUACGUGGGUUGCACAAUUCGUAACUCACCAAGAUAAUAUUGGCAUCACACUAUCUUGGAGACUGCUUGAUGUGAACUCCAUAGCACCACCACCGAGAGGAGCCCAUGCAGCAUGUUGCAUCAGUAACAGGAAGAUGGUUAUUCAUGGAGGGAUAGGGCUGCAUGGCCUCAGAUUGGGAGACACAUGGGUUUUAGAACUCUCAGAAAAUGUUUUUUUUGGUGCAUGGUCUGAGGUAGUGGCACAUCCCUCACCUCCUCCUCGAUCAGGACAUACAUUGACAUCCAUUGGUGGAACUCAAACAGUUCUGUUUGGUGGGAGAGGAUUGGGGUACGAGGUGCUCAGUGAUGUUUGGCUCUUGGAUAUGUCUGAGGGUUGUUCAAAAUGGGAACAAAUACAAUAUGAGUUGCAGAAUGUACCACAAGGAUUUUCGCUUCCAAGAGUUGGACACUCGGCUCUGCUCAUGUUGGGAGGAUUGGUGCUAAUUUAUGGAGGGGAAGAUUCACAUAGGCAUCGAAAGGAUGACUUUUGGGUGUUAGAUAUCAGUGCCAUACCAUCUGUAAGAGGGCAGCAGGCAGGUAGAUUGAAAUCCAAGGCAAAUAUGUGGAGAAGGCUUGAAGCCGAGGGCUAUAAGCCUAACAGCAGAUCAUUUCAUCGAGCCUGUGCAGAUAGUUCAGGGCGUAACUUGUAUGUGUUUGGUGGAAUGGUGGAUGGCUUGGCUCACCCUGCUGAAUCAUCUGGACUUCGAUUUGAUGGGGAGCUCUUUCUGGUGGAGCUACUACUUCAGCUGUAAAAAUUGAGGAUUUGGAGUUCAUCAUAAUGCAUGUAUUUCAUGAACACGUACAGCCCCAUAAGUUGUUUUGCAUGCACUUAUAUACGGAUCUUUUGCCCCUAAAGGAUGUCUCAGCCGGUAAUAAUAAGAGAUUCCGAGUUAAAAAUCUCAAUCUAAACCUUGUGAUAGACGUGGACGAUUUUCCAUGUUGCAUAACCUGUCAUCAAAUGAACAUCUUUAUCAAUG